UAAAAAUGCGACGCCAUUCGCGCAUCGCCCUACGAAGUAAGAGAGAGAAGAACCAGUCCCGUCUCUUUCGCUUCGGAGGACGACGGCGGCGAGGCCUCCACCGGUGACCAGCCUGCGAACACGUGGCGCUAGGCAGGCUGCUUCUGAGCUCCGGCUCCCCACCCCACCGCCAAUCGGUUGUGGUCGCUGCGGCCGUAGCAUGAGGUGGCCGCCGCCGAUCUCGCAUCGCCACUGCCUCCUCCUCGUCUUCGUCGUCGGCCUCUGCUCGAUUCCUGGGAGUUUUUCAUCGAGGCUUGUCACGCUUGAUACCAUUGAUAUAUUUACUACUCACGAAUGGUUCCCCAGCAAGCCAACUGUGUAUUUCCAUUGCAACGGAGAUAACAAGACAAAUUUGCCUGAUGUUAAGGAGGCGAACUCGAUAUAUACCUUUAAGGGUGAAGAAUCAUGGCAGCCCUUAACAGAGCUUCCAGAAAAGAAAUGCAAGCGAUGUGGUUUGUAUGAAGAGGAUACAUUCAAACCUGAUGAUGUGUUUGAUGAAUGGGAGCUGUGUUCUAGUGAUUUCAAAGAUGGCAAAUACACCCACUUUAAGGAAGACCAGUUUAAUGCAACUUUCCUAUGCCCAAACUGUACUGCCUCUGUUGGUGAUUCUCGAGCUGAUGAGUCCAGCACAGAGGUGGAAACUAAGAAGACAUCCGUUUUGGUUAUCAUAAUAGUCAGUGUUCUUGCUUCAGUCAUUGUCAUCAUUGCCUUGUUUGGGGGCUACAAAUAUUGGCAGAAGAGGAAGAGGGAGCGUGACCAAGCGCGAUUCCUGAAGCUCUUCGAAGAGGGAGAUGACAUUGAAGACCAACUGGGCCUCAGCAAUGAACUCUAAAACAGCUGUACAGUCUGACGUUUGACUACCAAUCUUUUCGGAUGUAUUAUCCACGUUGUCAUGUAUAAAAUGUUGCAAUUUUGCAGUUAUAGCAUACCCGUAGUUUACAGAAAUGAUCCUGACAACUACGAUUCAGUUCGAUCAGAGUUUCUCCUGA